CCAAGUCAAAAAAUAUGCACUAGGACUUUUAGGAAACCAAUAUGCUGAUAGGUAGGAAUAACCCUAUUGAUUUUUCUAAUCUUUAAAGUACCACACAGACACCUCAAAAACCAAAAACAGCCUACUCGAGUGUUAUGAAGGUCCCGGAAGAACUAGUCAUUGAUUUAAAUGUAUCUGUUUUAAUUUACUGAUUUCUCUAUUGAUUUUAUUACCCUGUCAUAGUCAUUUAAACAAAAGACAGACCACAAAACAUUUGUAAUCCAUGGCACUUUGUUGGAGGACCACCCACCUUUCCAGACUGCAGGGUAUUAGUUACAAUGAUGCUUUAUUGGCAGCAACAUUGAGAUGCAAGUACUUUCUUUUGCAAAAUGAAGCUGAAUGGCGACCACUGUAUAAACCUUCCCCAAAACGAACUUCCACCUCAUAGCCAUUUCCACUAUUUGUAAAUGUUAAUUUACAUAAUUUAAGCAAUUACCCUGUGUGUGCCCUGUCAGAAACUGUGGGUAAAUGCGAUGUUUUGUAGAAAUUAUAUGGUGAGGUUGAAAUGUCUUGGUAUUUACUGAGGAAAAGCUGCAGAAUGAAUCUGCACUCAGAGCAAUCAAACUUGUGGAGACCUUACAUCAUGGUUAAUAUCGUGUAAGAGUGCUGAGCCACAACCUAAAUUUGGGACUGAUUAUAAGCUGAGAAAUGUUAAAUUGAAGAGUGGAUCACAGUCUCUUGCAGAUUGCCAUAGAGAGAUCAGUUGCCUGAGCUCCUGUUUUCCACUGUGAAGUAUGUCUCUGAGGUCCAUACAUCUGUUCCCCACCACACCUUUCUGUGUCGGGACAAAUAGUUGCUAAACUAGGGUUUGUCCCAGGAAAGGGUGUAGUACUAUACCCUCAGAUCGGAGACAAAAUGGACAUUGUGUGUCCAAGAAUCAAGCCAGGCUCGACUGAGCAGACGAACAUUGAAUACUUCCGGGUCUAUCUUGUUCCCAAAGAACAACUUGAGACCUGUCGAGUCACUAAAGGUGACAUGUUACUGCUCAACUGUGACAAGCCAGACCAGGAUGUGAAGUUCACCUUCAAGUUUCAAGAGUUCAGCCCCAACCUGUGGGGCCUGGAGUUCUACAAAGAAAAGGAUUAUCACAUUAUCUCCACAUCGAACAGCACUUUAGAAGGUUUGGACAACCACGACGGUGGUGUUUGUAAGACCAAAUCUAUGAAGCUGGUUCUGCGAGUUGGACAGAGUCCUACAGAUUCAUUCUCAGCUAAAAACUAUCCAACUAGAAAUCCUCCAAAAUACCCUGACAGUAAGGAACAAAACACCUUCAGCAAAGAAAACGAUGCUGGCAACAGAGUUGACGCCAUGCAGAAUGGUGAGUCCGGGGGCAAUAGCGGAGAGUCUGUAGGAUCCGCUGGAUCAGAAGUAGCCCUGUUUGCUGGUGUUGCAUCUGGUGCGGUCAUCUUCAUCAUCAUCAUCAUCGCUCUGGUAGCACUGCUGCAUCGGCGUCAUCAGAAACACUCGGCGCAGUGCUCCGCCCAGCUGCCCUUAAACACGCUGCCCAAACGCGGAAGUGCUGCCACUGGAGGCAGCAACAAUAACGGCUCCGAGCCCAGUGACAUCAUCUUUCCUCUGCAGACCUCAGGAAGCAUGUACUGCCCGCACUACGAGAAGGUCAGCGGUGACUACGGCCACCCUGUCUAUAUCGUCCAAGAAAUGCCACCACAAAAUCCUGCAAACAUUUACUACAAAGUUUGACAGAGAUUGGACAACAAGCCAUGGCAACCCUCUACAUUGCGAGUAAAUCACUCGCAUAUGCGACUAAAUCUUCCUUCUGGCGACUAAAUGAUGUCUAAUAUUAGCCAAUGGCAUAAAUUCUCAGAUUUUACUCGCCAGUGUGUUAGUUGGAGGCUAAGUAUAAGUUAACACAGAUAUAUUUUCACGAUCACUCUUUGACUGAGAGGGCUUCAGAGUUUCACUCUCCGUCAGGCGAUCUGUGAUAUUUCUCAGUUCAUCUCAAUGGAUACACACCUGUAUUUGAUGUACCAUAAACUCUAGUGUGAAGGCGCGCAAAUCGACGUCACUU